AUGUAUUCUCUUUCACUUUCUUGCCACAUUGUGUCUUUAAACGAAGACUAACCCACAAGUGUUGCUUGAUUUCUCACCAGUUACCUCCAUAUAAGCUUCACCAUUUCUUGUUUUCUUGCAUGCUUUGAGAAUCUCACCCUCGCACACAUUAACAUACUGUUCUGAUGGCUCCUUUAAGAGGAGGGUUAAAGAAAAAAAGAAAACUUGACAAAAAAACGGAAGGGAAUGCUUCUGCUUCUGGGUCUUCUGAGAAGGAAGCUUCUGCUGAUUGGUGGCAUGAGUAUUCCGAGAGGAUUAAUGGUUUUCAUUCCCCAUCAAAGGGUUUAGACAGAUUCCAAUCUGUUUUCAAGAUCUCUGGAAAAACCUUCAGUUACAUAUGCUCACUUGUGGAGGAAAGUAUGAUGGUUAAGACAGGGGGUUUUUCAUUUACAAGUGGCAAAAAUUUGUCAUUACAUGAUCAAGUAGCUAUUGCUUUAAGAAGGCUGAGCUCUGGUGAUUCACUAAUGACGAUCGGUGAUUCAUGCGGACUACACCACUCAACUGUCUCUCAAGUGACGUGGCGUUUUGUGGAGGCCUUGGAAGAAAGGGGGCUUCAUCACCUGCAGUGGCCUUCGUCUGAAACAGAAAUUGCAAAAAUAAAAUCUAAGUUUCAGAAGAUUCAAGGCCUCCCUAAUUGCUGUGGUGUGGUUGAUACCACACAUGUAAUGAUGUGUUUGCCUUCCUCGGACCCCACAAGUAAUGUGUGGCUUGAUCAGGAGAAGAAUCACAGCAUGAUCUUGCAGGCAAUUGUGGACCCUGAAAUGAGGUUCCGAGACAUUGUCACUGGAUGGCCAGGGAAAAUGGAAGACUGGUUGGUCUUUCAGAGUUCAAAUUUCUACAAACUGUGUGAUAAAGGAGAGAGGUUGAAUGGGAAAACCUUAGAGCUCUCUGAAGGAGCAGAAAUGGGAGAAUAUAUAAUUGGGGAUUCAGCCUAUCCUUUACUGCCCUAUCUUAUGACUCCUUAUGAAGGAAAAGAGCUGCCUCAGUUCAAAGCUGAGUUCAAUAGACGACAUUCUAUGACGCAAAUGGUGGCACAAAGGGCACUGGCAAGAUUAAAAGAUAUGUGGAAGAUUAUACAAGGAGUUAUGUGGAGACCUGACAAGCAUAAGUUACCAAGGAUUAUUCUUGUUUGCUGCUUGCUUCAUAACAUUGUUAUAGAUUUGGAAGAUGAGGUGCAGGAGGAAAUGCCUUUACUUCAUGACCAUGACUCAGGUUAUCCCCAACAGAUUUGUGGAAACCUUGACAUAAAAGGUGCACAUUUGAGAGAUGAGCUCUCUCUCUAUUUGUCGAGAAAAUUGCCACCAGGCUACUGAACCAAGAUCCCAGUAAAAUUACAAAUAUGAAGCCAGUUUCUGUGUGUGUAUAUAUAUAUUAUGAUAUAUACAUCAUCUUGACAAUUGGUGUAAUGCUUUUAGAUUAAGAAGGUAGUGAUUGAAACAAGAAGUUGAGGAACUGAGAUUGUUGUGCAUACAUCAUUGAUGAGUCAGCAGAAAUAUCAUCUGCUGUGAGUUACUUUAAAAUGUCUGAGAAUGUGGAUCAUGGCAAUUUUGGUUAAUAAUAAUGGUCAUUUCUCUA